AUGCUACGCCUUUUAAAAGGAUCAACAUCGUCUCCCGACCAUUCCAGGAAGGCACAAGCCGCUCAAUCCGCAACCAUUGUAUUACAAAGCUCCAGAAAAUUCCUAUCAAAGUCCGCAAUACGAGUGUCAACUUCUCAGUGUGACAUCCUGAGACUAGUCAUAGGGACAGUAGCUCUACUUCUUUUGGUGUAUGAGGGCAUUGACAUGAAACAUUACACGAUCACGGAUAUGUCAUCCGUUGACGGGAGCGUAAGCUUACUUUUUCUGGUGUGCGAAAACGCUGACAUGAAAUUGACAUUACCCAGAUACGUCACUCGUCGAUACUUUUCUGGAGGUCUCACCGCCUCGACACGAAACACUACAUUGUCCCGAGCUAGGAACGAACCAGAACUAGAUGGAGCAUUUCGUCACGGAAUCUCAAAAAUGAAAUACAAGAAGGACGCAGGAGAUAAGAUGGAUGUGGAUAGUGAUUCCACCAACGAUCCUAAUAUAGAUACGCUCACCAAACUCUUGAUGGGUAUGGAGAUCCUGGGUAAAAAAAUGGAUGUCCUUCAGGCCGAAGUAGACAAAGCGAAAGAGAUUAACGCUUUGGACGACACCGAUGAGGAGACCAUUGACACUCCCACCAAGAACCGUCGUGGAGGUCCACACAGCGACAGAGAGAACACCUUGAAAAGGCUACGUAUUAAUGUCAAGAAACCGAUGGAAACUUGGCCAACUGUUUCCGAAGACAUCUCAAAGCGUUACAGUAAGGGUGACGCGUCCAUUGAAGGUCCUAACAGCAAUAAUUUUGUCCUUGAUUGGGGUACUCGCGCCACAACCCAAUGGACCAAGGAUUGUGCUGGUAUUUUUGCGAGGGACUUCUGCUCCAGGCACAAAUCCGAACCUUUUCCUCUCCUCAUCGGCAAAGUCGACCUUAUGGAAGUAGAAAAUGCUUUCCUUACGCACAUAUUAUAUCUCAAGCGGCUCUACUUGAAAGAGAAAGUCGACCCAAUCGGAGCUGCCGCCGACAAGGGUCUAAUGGAUCAACGUUCACGUUCUUUCAGGAGGCGGGUUGCCUUGAUGAAAUAUCACGAUUUUCCGAGCGAUUCAAUCACCAUGGUGAAAUCUUUAGGAGUGGAUGGUGUAUCAAGCGAAGAAAGCGACGGGGAAUCCGAAUCUGGGUCAGAUCGUAUUUUCAAGAUCAAACGUCUCUCUUGGCGGAGUCCAGACCUUACCACAUUUUUACGAAGGAUCGAUGAACUUCCACUCAAGAAACGUGGUAAGCGACCUCUUUACCAGAGGAGAUUAAGGCGCCGGCGUGUGGUCGCAGAUAUCAACUCUGAGGGUCGUGAUGCGGUACCUAGUCUUCCCUCCAAUCUUUAUCGAACGGAAUGGCUACAAAGCCUGAACGAGCGGGCAAGAAAGAAACUUGAUACUCAGAAAGACGCCUUUGUGUUCCCCAGGAUCGACGACCUUGUUCGUCGGACCACAUAG